UUGGGGACACGUACAGCUGCUGCCAUGAGUGAGGAGGCUAAAGAGAAAUCUGCGGGGAAGUCAGCUCAUCGCAAGAAGAAAGGAAAGAAGACUGACAUAAACGCUUGUUAUCUGCGAGCAGCUCGGGCUGGGAACCUUGAGAAAGCCUUGGACUACCUGAAGAAUGGGGUCGACAUUAAUAUUUGCAAUCAGAACGGUCUCAAUGCGCUCCAUCUGGCCUCGAAGGAGGGCCAUGUGGAAGUGGUGGCUGAGCUUAUCAAGCAGGGCGCCAAUGUAGAUGCUGCUACCAAGAAAGGAAACACUGCCCUCCACAUAGCUUCUCUUGCUGGCCAGACAGAGGUGGUGAAGGAGCUUGUCACCCAUGGAGCCAACGUCAAUGCACAGUCUCAGAAUGGCUUCACUCCGCUGUAUAUGGCAGCACAGGAGAAUCACUUGGACGUGGUGCAGUUCUUAUUGGACAAUGGCUCCAGUCAGAGCAUCGCCACUGAGGAUGGUUUCACUCCGCUGGCGGUGGCACUGCAGCAGGGCCACGAUCAGGUGGUUUCCCUCUUACUGGAAAAUGACACCAAGGGGAAGGUCCGUCUCCCAGCAUUGCACAUCGCUGCACGGAAAGAUGACACCAAGGCCGCCGCCCUCCUCCUCCAGAACGACCACAACGCUGACGUGGAGUCGAAGAUGAUGGUGAAUAGAACAACAGAGAGCGGGUUCACUCCUCUGCAUAUUGCGGCGCACUACGGCAACAUCAACGUAGCAACACUGCUGCUUAAUAGAGGGGCAGCUGUGGACUUCAAAGCGAGGAAUGACAUAACACCGCUGCACGUAGCAUCCAAACGUGGGAACAGCAACAUGGUGCGACUGCUGCUGGAGAGAGGGGCCAAGAUAGAUGCACGGACCAAGGACGGUCUGACUCCUCUACACUGUGGAGCCAGGAGUGGUCACGAGCAGGUAGUUGAGAUGCUGCUGAACAGAGGAGCUCCAAUACUGUCAAAGACCAAGAAUGGUCUGUCUCCUCUCCACAUGGCGACACAAGGCGAUCACCUCAACUGUGUCCAGCUGCUGCUGCACCACGACGUGCCCGUGGACGACGUGACCAACGACUACCUGACGGCGCUGCACGUGGCCGCCCACUGUGGCCACUACAAGGUGGCAAAGGUCAUCGUGGACAAGAAAGCCAAUCCCAACGCCAAGGCGCUGAAUGGUUUCACUCCCCUGCACAUUGCCUGCAAGAAAAACAGACUCAAGGUGAUGGAGCUGCUUCUAAAGCAUGGAGCAUCUAUACAGGCAGUCACAGAGUCCGGUCUGACGCCGAUCCACGUCGCAGCAUUUAUGGGACAUGAAAACAUCGUCCACCAGCUCAUCAACCACGGGGCUUCGCCAAACACAAGCAACGUGAGGGGGGAGACAGCACUCCACAUGGCAGCGAGGGCGGGACAGUCAAAUGUGGUCCGAUAUCUGAUUCAGAACGGAGCACGAGUCGACGCCAAGGCCAAGGAUGACCAGACUCCUCUGCACAUUUCAAGCCGUCUUGGUAAGCAGGAUAUUGUGCAGCAGCUGCUGGCAAACGGAGCGUACCCAGACGCCACGACCAACUCUGGAUACUCUCCCUUAGAUCUAGCUGCCAGGGAGGGACACAGAGAUAUAGCUGCAGCAUUGCUGGACCAUGGAGCUAGUCUGGGCAUUACUACUAAGAAGGGCUUUACUCCUUUGCAUGUUGCAGCAAAAUAUGGGAAAAUCGAGGUUGCCAACCUGCUGCUGCAGAAGAAUGCUCCACCUGAUGCUGCCGGGAAGAGUGGACUAACUCCACUGCAUGUGGCAGCACACUAUGAUAACCAGAAGGUGGCGCUGCUCUUGCUCAACCAGGGAGCCUCACCGCACGCUGCUGCAAAGAAUGGAUACACUCCGCUCCACAUUGCAGCUAAGAAGAAUCAGAUGGAGAUAACGACCACCUUACUGGAAUACGGUGCCUCCACAAACUCCGUAACGCGGCAGGGCAUCACUCCCCUGCACCUCGCAGCGCAGGAAGGAAACGUGGACAUUGUGACGCUGCUGCUGGCUCGAGACGCUCCUGUAAACAUGGGCAAUAAGUCUGGUCUGACUCCACUCCACCUGGCUGCCCAGGAGGAUAAAGUCAACGUUGCUGAGGUGCUGGUUAACCAAGGAGCCGUCAUAGAUCCAGAGACCAAGCUUGGAUACACUCCGCUUCAUGUGGCCUGUCACUAUGGCAAUGUGAAGAUGGUGAACUUCCUGCUGAAGAAUCAGGCAAAGGUCAACGCUAAGACGAAGAAUGGUUACACACCUCUCCAUCAGGCUGCACAGCAGGGACACACACACAUCAUCAACUUGCUGCUACACCAUGGAGCAUCGCCCAACGAGCUCACUAAUAAUGGAAACAGCGCUCUGUCCAUUGCAAGGAGGCUCGGCUACAUCUCUGUUGUGGACACGCUCAAAGUGGUCACAGAGGAGACUCUGACCACUCAGACUGUGAUCGAGAAGCACAAGAUGAACGUCCCGGAGACCAUGAACGAGGUGCUGGACAUGUCCGAUGAUGAAGUUCAUAAAGCCAAUGUCCCCGAAAUGAUCACAGAGGACUAUUUUUCUGAUGUGGAAGAAGGUGAUGAUGCGAUGACGGGGGACACAGACAAAUAUCUGGCCCCCCAGGACCUGCGGGAACUGGGGGACGACUCGCUCCCUCAGGAAGGCUACGUGGGCUUCAGCAUUGGUGCACGAUCACAGAGUCCCAAAGUCAGUUCUGAUAGGUCCAACAUGCUGAACCGGAGCUCAUUCACACGGGACAGCAUGAUGAUAGAGGAGAUGCUGGCACCCGCUAAGGAAAUGCACCUGGCAGCAGCUAAGGACUUUGACAGCGACUCUCUGAGGAGGUACAGCUGGACUGCUGAUGCACUGGAUAAUGUCAACCUGGUGUCUUCACCAAUACACUCUGGUUUUUCCUCUCCGCUCCCGCAGUACGACAGCAGAUUCCUGGUCAGCUUCAUGGUUGACGCCAGGGGCGGCUCAAUGAGAGGAAGUCGUCACAAUGGCAUGAGAAUCAUCAUCCCGCCCAGAAAGUGCACAGCACCCACCAGGAUCACCUGCCGACUGGUGAAGAGGCACAAACUGGCGUCGCCUCCCCCGAUGGUGGAAGGAGAAGGCCUGGCCAGCAGACUUGUUGAGGUCGGUCCAGCAGGAGCUCAGUUCCUCGGCCCCGUGAUCGUGGAGAUCCCUCAUUUUGGCUCGAUGCGGGGCCAGGAGAGAGAGCUGAUCCUGCUGCGCAGUGAGAACGGAGAAACCUGGAAAGAGCAUCUGUACGACUGCAAGACUGAUGACCUCAAUCAGCUCCUCAAUGGGAUGGAUGAAGAACUGGACAGCCCCCAGGAGCUGGAGAGGAAGAGAAUCUGCCGCAUCAUCACCAAGGAUUUCCCACAGUACUUUGCCGUAGUGUCUCGAAUCAGACAGGAGACGCAUCAGAUGGGACCAGAGGGUGGGACUCUGUGCAGCCGCAGCGUGCCAUUGGUUCAGGCUUCCUUUCCCGAGGGAGCGUUAACCAAAAAGAUCAAGGUUGGACUGCAGGCUCAGCCGGUACCCGACGACACCGUGAAGAAAAUCCUUGGUAAUCGAGCGACCUUCAGCCCCAUUGUUACCGUGGAGCCCAGGAGAAGGAAGUUCCACAAGCCCAUCACCAUGACAAUCCCAGUCCCGCCCCUCUCAGGGGAGGGGCUUACAAACGGCUACAAAGGAGACUAUACUCCCUCCCUCCGCCUUCUCUGUAGCAUCACAGGUGGCACAUCACCAGCACAGUGGGAAGACAUCACAGGCACAACUCCUCUCACCUUUGUCAAUGACUGCGUCUCCUUCACCACUAAUGUUUCUGCCAGGUUCUGGUUAGCAGACUGCCACCAGGUCCCAGAGACGGUGGGCUUGGCCAUGCAGCUGUACAGGGAGCUGAUCUGUGUGCCCUACAUGGCCAAGUUUGUAGUGUUUGCUAAGAUGAAUGACCCAGUGGAGUCCAGCUUGAGGUGCUUCUGUAUGACGGAUGACAAGGUGGACAAAACCCUGGAGCAGCAGGAGAACUUUGAGGAGGUGGCCAGGAGCAAAGACAUAGAGGUUCUGGAGGGCAGGCCCAUCUAUGUGGAUUGUUAUGGGAACUUGGCUCCUCUGACCAAAGCUGGUCAGCAGUUAGUUCUUAACUUCUACGCCUUUAAAGAGAACCGUUUGCCAUUCUGCGUCAAGGUAAGAGAUCCCAGUCAGGAGCCCUGUGGUCGUCUCACUUUCCUAAAAGAGUGUAAGACCACGAAAGGCCUGCCACAAACUGCUGUGUGCAACCUGAACAUCACACUUCCUGCAGUGAAAAAGGAAAUGGAGUCAGAUGCCGAGGAUGAGACUGAAAAGCCAGAACGACAACGUCAUACCUUUGCAUCCCUAGCCUUACGUAAGCGCUACAGCUAUCUGGCCGAGCCUGCACUGAGCCCUCACAGUCCCUGUGAGAGGACAGACCUCCGCAUGGCAAUAGUAGCUGACCAUCUUGGACUCAGUUGGACUGAGCUGGCCAGGGAGCUGGAUUUCUCUGUGGAAGAGAUCAACUUAAUCAGAGUGGAAAAUCCCAAUUCCCUGACAGCACAGAGCUUCAUGCUUCUAAAGAAAUGGGUGCACAGGGACGGUAAAAAUGCCACAACGGAUGCUUUAACUGCGGUGCUGACUAAGAUCAAUCGGUUGGAUAUUGUGACUUUGCUGGAAGGGCCCAUAUUUGACUACGGUAACAUUUCAGGCACACGCUGCUUUGCCGAUGAUAACGCAGUAUUCCCGGAUCAGUCCGAUGGCUACGACAAUAUAGAUCUGGAGCUCCAAACCCCCUCAGACCUCAACUAUGUGCCCCCUACUCCGCUGCGCUCAGACGACUUCUUUAGCGAAGGAGAUCCUAGCGUAGAGUCCCCUAGCAACGUCACGCUUACUAGACCUAGCGACCUCUCUCUCACUCAGACCACCAGUACCUCCAGCAGCGACCCCCUCACAGUGGCCCCAGGCCCAGGCACCAGCUCCGCAGAGCUGCCCAUUGUUCGUCCUGAAGAUACAGAAACGGGGCUGGUGUGUGUAGAGAGGCCCGAUAAUGACAGAAGGUCGGUAGAGCGAUCAGGAAAGGAGACCGAAGAAAUAGCAGCAGGACGCCAGCUUGUUUUGGAGAGUCAGGGAGGAAGUGUAAAGCAGGAAGCUGGAUCAGACACUGGGCUUGGAAAUGGAGUGGAGGAAGAAGAAGAGGAGGAGAUGACCCAGGAGAGGCUGCAGAGUCUGCUGGAGGAUUUAAAGCUGGAGGAAGGCACGGAGGAAGAGGAGGUGUCAGAGGAGAUUGUGAAUGCCAUUCUUGAACAAGUACGGCAAGCAGAAAAAGACAUUUAUUCAGUUCCAGGCAGGAGGAGUGAGAUGUCUGGCGCAACCGGAGAGUCAGCAGCCCCUGGCCGUGGCCCCGGCUCUGAGGAGGGCAGCCCCAACAGUCUAGCUGAUUCGCUGGAGGAGCCCCAGGUUCAGACCAGCAAACAGAACGGAGGUCACACUGAAGCAGCCAGGGAAGGGAUGGGAAAGGAGGCCAAGAGGAAGGAAUCUCAGGAGGACAGCAGCACAGCGGGACCAAGCAGAGGACAGGAGGGAGGCGACAGGUCCCAGCACAAAGUCCAGGGGAGCGUUAGAGAUGAAGAGUCCAGCUCUGAUGAGGAGACCACUGUCACUACCAGGGUGUUCCGCAGGCGGGUCGUACUCAAGGGAGAGGAGGCCAGAAACAUUCCUGGAGAGUCUGUGACAGAGGAGCAGUUCAUAGAUGAAGACGGGAAUCUGGUCACCAGAAAAGUGAUCAGAAAGGUUGUGCGCCGUGUGUUCAGCUCAGAGGAAAGGAGGCAAAGUGAAGGCGAAAUUAUUGCAGCAGAAGGAGCUGCUGCUGCUGGAGGAGAUGUUUGUGUAGCUUCAGGUGGAGCAGAUGCUGCUUCUUCAUCAGGAGCAGCAGCAAGAACCACAGGGGGGAAGGGCAAGAAGAGGGGGAAGCGCUCCCGACACGGCCACAAGGAGGAGCCUCAGAGAGGGAAAACUGAGCCUGGAGACGGUGCCAACAAGAAGCAGGGGAAGAAGAGUCAAUCAUAACAGUAGAGCUCUCAACUACACCUGGUCCACGGUCGUCCACCUGUGACCCCACACACACCCUGGGAGGAAAAACAGACCGGAGCCCAUGAAACCCAGGAGCCAACACGUGUCUGAAGCUUUCGCUUUACAACGCAUGGUUUUCAGCAAGACAAGUUACUUUUCUUUGAUUUCGCAUGAGCAUGUCACCAAACUCACCAAACACCACCGAAGGACACGCAUGGACGUGAGCUGGAACCUUCUUUAAUUUAAUAUUCAGCGAACGAAUUACGUCUGUGACCAAAGACGGCACAAACAGCGGGGAAAAAGACUUCACUCUGUCAGACACUCGCCUUGUAUGGCUUAUUUUUUCCUCCUGGACCCACAGUAUUGGGGUGUACCAUGUGGUUCUUUUAUAAAAAAAAAAAAAAAAGAGAGAGAGAGAGAUGAUAGUAAAUGGGUGUUUUUGUUGUAUAUAAAUGACACUGUAUAAAAUCUUUAAAAAUCAGUAGCUUCACAGAUUGUUUAUGCACUGAUUUGAGUUGAUGAAGCUUUGCAGAGUCGGUGCAUUUGUAUCGAGAGGUCGACACUGUUUGUGCAGCCUUGACUGUGUGACCGGACGUGCUCUUCCCAAAUAUAAAAAGGAACAAAAAAAGCUGUAUGUGAAUAAAAUGAAUGGAGAAGGAAAGAAAAAAACACACUGCUCGAGUUUAAACAGAGGACGUUUUCUUUAAGGCCAACAGCUACUCCGCUCUGAGGGCCAUUCUUCAGAGAGAUGAUAUUUUGCUGCAUGUGACGUCACUUUAUUUUUAACACUUUUCUUUCUCCUAAUUCAAAGCACUGUAAUACAGUUAGAGAGGGUCUGAUGGUACUUCUGUCUGUGUGAGUACUCAUAGUAACACACACAUCUUUCAUCUAAAACUGCUUAUUUAAUUUAGUUUUUUUUACAAAUGAAAUCACACGCUCUGCAUCCUAGUGGUGAUAGUACAGCUUCCUUCUUAUGCGACAGGAAGGUACCGACACUGUCCCCCGUUGCAUUCUGCAGACCGGCAAAUCACGUUAACGCCAAACCGCCAGCAACCCUGUGUGUGUGUGUGUCUGUGUGUAACAUCAAAAGAAAUCCAUGCAUAUUAGAAGUGUACAUUUAGGAUUUUAGGUCUAUUGUGGUUUUAAAAAGGGGACUUUUACUUUGAUGAUUUGAUGACUUAUUUGCUUCCAUUUACACAAGAACAGAGAAUCUCAUUUUUAGCCACAUCACCCAAAUCUAAAUCUUUGUAAUCACACACAAAUCACUGUCCGCUGUUAAAAAUGUAUCUCUGUUCAUGUGUAAAUCAGUUUUCUGUCUUUUUCAUAUGAAUCCACCCUAAGCAUCCAUUGUUGAUGAUAAAUCUGGUACUGACAUGUAUGACGAACCAACAUAGCCUACACUGGAUGAUCCAAGUAAUUAUUUAAGCAGAAAAAUAAACUGUGUUUAAACUGAA